AUGUCCCCUAAUACUCCUGAAGAGAGGGAUCGUAUGAGUAAGAUACCUUAUGCUUUGGCAUUUGGAAACCUUCUGUAUGCGAUGAUAUGUACAAGGUCAGAUAUUGCAUACACUAUAAGUGUUGUAAGUCAAUAUCAGUCCGAUCCCGGUGAGAGUCACUGGAUCGCAGUUAAGCAUAUUCUGAAGUACUUGCGAAGGACUAAAGAUAUGCUACUAAUUUAUGGAAUGGGUGAUUUCCAUGUGGAUGGAUUUAUUGGUUUGGAUUUUCAAUCGGAUGUUAAUGAUAGCAAAUCGAUGUCUGGUUUUUUAUAUCUCUUGAAUGGCAGUGUUGUGAGUUGGAAAAGUUCCAAGCAGACAACCACAACGAAUUCAACCACUGAAACCGAGUAUCUUAUGGCAUGUGAUGCUACUAAGGAAGCUGUUUGGAUCCUGAAGUUUCUUUCUGAGGUUGAUGUGGUUCCAACCACUCUAUCACCAAUACCUUUGUAUUAUGACAAUAAUGGAGUUAUCGCGCAAGCAAAGGAACUCGGGUCUCAUUAG